GCGGCAGGAGUCGAGCUGCGGGGAGGGAGCGCGGCGCACACCGAGCCCGCCCGACUAUGGGGCGCCGCCGCCACCACCAGCCGCGCAGGGGGGCGCCCAGCACCCUCCUGCUGGCGGGCAGCAGCUACUGAGGCAGGCGGGGCGGGGGCAGACAUGGCUGAUCCUCUGCGCAGGACCCUCUCCAAGCUGCGGGGCAGGAGGUCCCAGCGCGGGGCGGCGGCAGGCGCGCACCCCCGCGGGGGGACCGGCGCCCCUCAAGAUUUAAUUGAAAAUAUUUACAUAUCCUCCACAAGCGGGAGAGAACUUAAAAUUCUUAUGGCCGGUGAAGUCCCUGAGCAUAAUCCACAGCUUGACAGCAUCACAGUUUCUAAGAAACGUAACUGGCUACAUCAGAGUACUCUAAAGGCCCCUAAUCUGGAAGAAAAUAUCUGUAAGAAAAUGCAAGGAAAUACUAUCCAUGUACCCAAAUCGUCCAGUCCAUUACCUGGACCUAAACUGCCACCAGUUCCUCCCAAAUCACCUAUAGGACAGGAAUGUCCUACAAGAACCUCUAGUUUUGUAACUGCUGUUCACCAUUCUACAAACCCUUCAGUUUUGAGAAACUGUACUUUAGACUUCAGUGAGGAUAAUGAUGCAGAUGAUGAAGGAGAAAUAUGGUACAACCCUAUCCCUGAAGAUGAUGAGCCUGACUUCCCCAGAGUCCAUUGUUUUACUGGGAAAAACUCUGUUAAUUUGGACUCCCAUACCACCAGUUUCAAGAUGUUGCCUGGGAGUGACUUGAUUAAAGUAAUGGGGCACAAUAAAGGCCUUCCAUACUUCUCAGAAUCUGCAGGAGACAAUCAAAUGGCUCAGGCCUGUGAAAUUAAUCAAGCAGAUUCCAUACAUUCCACAGAGUAUGUGCAGCUGCACAAGCAGAGUUUUGUGUGCAAGACUCAGAGUGCGACAGCAAUAGAAGAGAGCCCUGCAUUUAAAUAUUGUUCAGCAGGGUCUGUAAUCGUACCUGCAAACAAGGCUGAGGCAGGAGCGACAGAAAUUUCUCCUCCAAGUCCUAAUCCUUUGAAAAAAGGAGGAUCAAUUAAUUGGCCUUUCCCUGAUAAAAUAAAAUCUCCUAGAACUGUGAGAAAACUUUCAAUGAAAAUGAAAAAAUUGCCAGAACUCAGCAGGAAGCUGAGCAUCAAAGGAACCUCAAGCUCUAAUAGUUCAGAUAAUCCUUCUUCCUUGCUGAAAGGUGACUGUCAGGAUACAAGCCAAGCCACAUCUUUACCAUCUUCUGGAAACGCAACAGCAGCUGCUAGCAGGAAUGUUAUAAGUCGCUACCAUCUUGACAGUAGUGUAUCAUCACAACACGGCUACAAAAAGAAAAGCAGUGGGAGUUCCAAAUCCUCCAGUAAAGGUGGUUAUCUCAGUGAUGGAGACUCUCCUGAACUUAUAGCAAAAUCGGGUAAACACGGUUCUGUAAGCAAGUUUGGGAAAGGAAAAGAGACCCUUCCAAGUAACAGCAAUAAAACUGAAAUAGACAUUGAUGCCUUUAGACAUUACAGCUUUUCUGAUCAACCCAAAUGUUCCCAAUACAUAUCCGGACUCAUGAGUGUUCACUUCUAUGGUGCUGAAGAUUUGAAACCGCCGCGGAUGGACUCAAAAGAUGUCUUUUGUGCAAUUCAGGUAGAUUCAGUAAACAAAGCAAGAACAGCCUUGCUUACAUGCAGGACGACUUUUUUAGAUAUGGAUCACACUUUCAACAUAGAAAUUGAAAAUGCCCAGCACUUAAAACUAGUGGUCUUCAGCUGGGAGCCUACCCCACGGAAAAAUCGUGUUUGCUGUCACGGAACAGUGGUUCUCCCCACUCUUUUUCGAGUGACAAAGACGCAUCAGCUGGCUGUCAAACUGGAGCCCAGAGGGCUUAUUUAUGUCAAACUGACUCUCAUAGAACAGUGGGAGAAUUCUCUUGAUGGUCUAGUUGCAGAUCGAGAGCCAGUGAUAUUUGGAGUAGGUGCUCGAAAAGUUGUUGAGAAGGAAAAUGUGGGCUUGAUGGUACCGCUUCUGAUGCAGAAAUGUAUUGUGGAGAUUGAAAAGAGAGGCUGCCAGGUUGUAGGCCUGUACCGAUUAUGUGGUUCAGCAGCAGUCAAGAAAGAGCUUCGAGAGGCGUUUGAGAGGGAUAGCAAGGCUGUUACUCUCUGUGAAAACCAAUACCCAGAUAUUAAUGUGAUAACAGGUGUCCUCAAGGAUUAUCUAAGAGAGCUGCCCUCUCCCCUGAUAACUAAGCAGUUGUAUGAAACAGUGUUAGAUGCCAUGGUGAAAAAUCCCUUGAAAAUGACAGCGAGCGGUUGUGAAAAUGACCCAAGUGACUCUGAGCAUACGGUGGCCCUUCUUGAUUGUCUGCCAGAUGUUGAAAAGGCAACCCUAAAGAUGCUGCUGGAUCACCUGAAAUUGGUGGCGUCUUAUCAUGAAGUAAAUAAGAUGACGUGCCAGAAUUUAGCUGUGUGUUUUGGGCCUGUCUUACUGAGCCAGAGGCAGGAGACCUCAAACCAUAAUAACAGAGUCUUUACAGAUUCAGAAGAGCUCGCUAGUGCCCUGGACUUCAAAAAACACAUAGAAGUUCUUCAUUAUUUGCUCCAGCUAUGGCCAGUGCAAUGUUCAACUGCCAAAGAAUCAACAUACUCAAACAUGUUUCCAGGGAACCAGUCGUCUUUGAAUUAUCUGAGACCCAAGAAGCAGCGGCCUCAGAUGUUGAAUUUGAGCAGUACUGAAAUGUCAGGUGUACUUAGGCCCAGACCAGCCAGAUUAGACAGUCCCUCAAGUAAUCGCUAUGCAGGAGACUGGAGCAGUUGUGGGGAAAACUACUUUUUGAAUCCAAAGGAGACCCUAAAUGAAGCAGACUAUGAUGAUGUUCCUUCAGAAGAUACAGAAAGUGGGGAAGAUUGCAGCAAAGUAGAUGGACCAGAUAGACUGAUUGAACACGCAAAAUCCAUGUCUAAAGAGCAUACAUUUCAGACCUAUUUGACAAUGCAAACAAUAGAUUCAGCAGUGGACCACAGAGUAAACCUCAAAGACCUGCAAGAAAGUAUAGAUACUCUGAUAGGAAACUUGGAGCGGGAACUCAACAAAAACAAACUAAAUAUCACUUAUUAAUUUUCUUGCAUGAUACCUGCUGUUGAUACCUCCCUGUUCCUCCACCCGCCUCCUCAAAAAAGUCUGUCUGUCUGGUUUUUCUAAUGCAUUGUGGAAUAAUCUGUGGCCUCCCUUCGAUAAACAAAUCCAAUUUAGCCAAUCCAUUAUUGUGGAUAAUUUUUCUUCUCAUUAGAAGAAUACAUUGGCCUCACCCUCUGUGGUUUAAGUUGGCCUUUUAGACUAUGCGAAAUGAUGUUAGGAAGAAGUGAUUUCCCCCCUCACCCCGUCAAGGUACUAUGCACUUAUGAAGCUUGGACAGUAUGUGACAGGAGAUAAGGUGCCAUCUUUGUCUGCUCUGUGUAGCAACAGCACUCUUCGUUCCUGAAACUUUAUACCUGGUACGGACAUUCCUCUUAGUAGAGGAUUAGUGUUUCUUGGCCUGUGAUUUGCAGCAUGAACUUUAGGUAGAUCCCAUUCUACCAUCUAUGUCACCUUUUCAUUUGCAAUGCAAAGGCUGCUAUGAAAAAAUGCUUUUUAUACAUCUAUAAAAGUUUAGCUGUACAAAAUAUUAUUGUAUUCCUGUAUUAACACUUUUCAGUAAUUAUUUAAACCUGCAAAAGUUAAAUAUUUUUCUAACCUUGUUUGUAUAUAUUUAUGUACAUGUUUGUAUAGUUAUAUUGGGAAGCGGGAAAUCUGAAUUAGAUAAGGAAACCGUUUCUAAAAAGCUCCACAUUGUGAUGCCAAAAUAAGGAUUCGCUUGAGCAAUGUAGCAUUUGAUUUUACGCACAGAAAUAUGUGCCGAGAGAGAGGACAUAGUGAAUGAUUAAUAUAAAUGACCUUGUGUCACAUGUUGUGCUUCAGUUCACAGCUGUUGACUAUUAACUACAUUAAGAAACCAUCCAGUUUAGUUUUAAGUAGUAUUCCAGCAUUUCCUAAGUGUUUCCAGUGAACCUGUCUGUUCCCUUUAAAGGUGCCCUUCAAGCAAAGAAGGGGGAUGGAAAGGAUUGUGCUAUUUAUUUUUUUUAAUCCUUUCUGAUGUAUGAAGAAGGUCUGAAAGGGUUUUGGGUUUUAAAGCUGUUAUUUGGGGAGGGGGUGUGUGCUUUUUCUUUUAUCUUAGAAAUAGCAGAGUGUUAAAUCUUUAAUGCCUUUGGAAGUCAUCUUGCAUGAUUCAGAUGUUCAUUGGGAACUUGGAGGUGAUAAAUACCUAUGAAAGGCAGUCGUGUGACACACACACACCCCCCAUCAGUGUUUUAAUUAAAUAGGUGUUAACUGAAACAAACAAAAUCAAGAGUUUUAAACAGUCAGAAUGAAAAUCACAUCCCCCUCUCAAUCAGAUUUCAUUUCCUUGGUAUCUGUGAUCUCAUAAUAUAGUCAUACCUCCCAUCAGCUAGAGUCUUCCAUGGCAGGCAACUGAAUUUCUAAAAUAAAAAAAGCUGAGAAUUUUGUUUAAUUUUUUUUUAAAUCCCAAGCCACCUUUGUAACAUCAUCACAAGCAAAAGGGCACAAACCCAUUGUUUUUCUUUUAUAGGUCACAGCAUUUUUACUGGGAAUUCAAACAUCCAGUCUUAAUCAACUAGCAGUAUAGGAUUUAAUUUUCUUGUUUCUUUUCACUAUGUCCGCAUCCUUCCAUAUCUUUCCUAUUGCCCUGUAGUAAGUGCUUUUAGCUAGUACAUACUUCUAUAUAUUGCCAGGUUUUAUAAUUAUUUAUUUGCAGUAGAAUGGCAUUGAGAAUUAGGGUACAAUUUUACUACCUUUUUCUAAAGGAAUAUCUUAGCAUGGUUUCAAAUGAUUUAUUCAUUCUCAUUAAUUUAUUUUUGUUAUAAGUGUUAAAAUAUGCAAUACAAUAUUGUUUUAAAUGUAAAUUUAAUCUGACACAUUUAUCAAUAAAUCAAUGUAUUUUUUUAAACUUUUAUACAGAAUGUGUAUAAUUUUAAAACUAUAAAUUUUAAUUCUAAAUAAAAAUUUGAAUUGAGAAUAAAAUGUGACCAAGUCUUGUAAGUGAUUAUUUAAAAACAUACUUUAAUUAAAGCUAUCUACUGUACACAUGCUUUGGCAGAAUGUAUUAUUUGCUCGAUAGAUACUCUAGUGGUUUGCAGAAUUUUUUUUUCAGUCACUCGGAGAAUUUUGUUUUCUAGAUUGCAUUUGCAUUCAUAUAGGAUUUUUAAAAAAUUUAAUGCAAUAGCAUUUGUAGAUCUGUUUUUGUAAGCAACUUUGAAAAGCAGUGUUUUUGAUGGCAGUUCUUGGUAUGUUACAAAGAUAUGUUGACAGUUUUGGUUAAUCGGUUUCCAUAUUGUUUGUAUAAAUAUAUUUAGCAUUAAAAUAUUUUUGUAUAAAUA